CUGCCUAGCAAACCUCUCAUUCUGUCUUGUGGGUCUGAAGGCUGCGCUUCAGCCGGUUGCAGGCCCUUGGCUACUCUCUCCCCUUCAGAGUCAUGGGAAGGUGGAAAGACAUGUGGGCGGUCAUGCCAGAGAAAUCCGGGUUGCAAUCCUGACACCAUCACUUACAAUCUGUUUCUGGGUGAACGGACCCUAAACCCACUGUCGUGAGAACAAGCCACUCUGAGUUAGGACAGAUCUGCCUCCCCACCUCCUGGGAAGGACCACGCCCAUCUCUGCACCUUGAAGAGGCCCCUGCUCAUCACUGUGAACCCAAAAGAGACACCAACUGCCAGUGCCUUUGGGGAGACUGCCCUCUUGUUAUAUGACCACCCUCUCUGUGCCAUUGGAUGGAGAGGAGGGAUCAGUCUCAGCUUCACAUGCUCCCCAACUUCUUGUCAGCACCUUCACCCUCUGAACUCCCCUUGCCCAUUCUCGGUACUCUGUCCUGAACUUCACAGUGGAAUGAACUUUCAAAAGAAGAGUAAAAAGUGAAGUCCCUGCAGAGUGUUGGAGAUGGCUGCUCCACUGCUAUGUUGGGGAACAGGGAAGUGCACGAGGAAGGAAGCUGCAGCCUGUGGAAUCUGUGCCCUCGUUAGGAACCCAGAACCAAGUCGGGACCUUUGAAAGCAUCUGAGGUCAUAGGGCCAAGGUGGGUGGCCAGAAGAAAAGCUAGGGGUCCCAUGGGGGCAGAGCUCUCCAUAGGUGCCUGGAGCUGCAGGUUGAGGGGGUCAAAAUACCUCUUUGUUCACCACCAAGGCCAGAGAGGAUGGAUGGAUCUGGUCUCCACCUCCAGGAUUGUCCAUCUUCACCACAAGGAAGUGAUAUAUCACAGAUGCGGGGACGCCCCACUGAGGAGGAGGUGCCCCAGCUUGGCUCUGCUGUGUGGGAGCGUGUGGAACAGUGAGAGGAGAGGGGCAGCUGUGGGCUGUGCGGAGGGGCAGCUGUGGGUUGUGCGGAGGGGCAGCUGUGGGUUGUGUGGAGGGGCAGCAUCCCUAACCAAGUCCAGGGCCUGGCCUGGCCCUGUCCGGUCACUGGGAUGGGGAGAAGCCAAGGGCACUGGUGCCGGGGGGUCUGCACCGCCCACGCGGCUUCUCUCCCUGCGCUUCCUGCACCCUGACCCGCUGCAGCAUCAGACCUGGCUCGGGGCUGGACGAGGAAGCAGAAAGGUAGAAGUGGAGAUGCAGAGAUUGGAUCCCAUGUGAGGAGGCUCAACCUUGUCCCACCAAGGGGCUGGCGCUGCUGCAGGUGAAGUCUGUGCUGGAGAAAUGACCCCGAAGAGUGGGGCCGCGUGGCUGCCUUCAGCUCUGCUCCUCCUCCUUGUCCCAGGCUCUUUGUCUCUGAGGGGCCCCAGCACCGUGACGGGCACCGUGGGGGGAUCCCUGAGCUUGCAGUGUCAGUAUGACAAGGAAUACACAGAAAAUAGAAAAUACUGGUACAAAAGCUCGUGUUCAUUACCGUGGAGGGAGAAGAUUGUGGAGACCACAGAGUCAGAGAGAGAAGAGAGGAGCGGCCACGUGUCCAUCAGGGACCAUCCUGCAAACCUCACCUUCACAGUGACCUUGGAGAGAGUCACAGAAGAUGAUGAAGGCACAUACUGGUGUGGGAUCGAUGCAUCGUGGCUGCAAGGAGUUUUACGUGACCCCGUCUUCCAGGUCGUUGUGUCUGUGUUCCCAGCAGUCCUCAGCCCGAAGAUCUUCACAAGCACCCCAGGUCCUCCCAUGACCCUGCCAGCACCCUCCUGGUCCAGCACGACAAGGCAGGAAACCCUAGAUCCCAGCCAACACCAUUGGUCCCUGCUCAGCAGUGUCCACUUCCUGCUCCUGGUCUUCCUGGAAGUGCCCCUGCUCCUGAGCAUGCUAGGUGCUGUCCUCUGGGUGAACAGGCCUCAGAGAAGCUCUGGGGGGAGGCGGAGUCAGCCCAAUUGUGAGCACCAGUAGCACCUGUUGGCUAUCAAUGCCCCACCCAGGAACACAGCCCCUGUGGUGGAUGGCAAUGACCUUCUGACCAAUAAAUCCAGUGUCAUUGUCUAUGAGAAUACUAUGACUAUGUAAAUUUUUUUGAAACUUUUUUCUUUCAAUGUAUCCUACACACAAAAGA